AUAGACAAUUAUUUUAGAAUUUAGAUUAAAUCGCGGGACGGCGGGAAAUAAUAUCUUGAAGGUUCUAAGAAAAAAUUUGCUUUUGAUAUUAAUAAAUUAUGUAAAAUAAUAUAUUCAGUUUCUUAAUAAGUUUUUAAUAAAAAUGCCUAAAGCCCUGAGUUUAAAAAAGACUCUGAACAGUCAAGCAAAGAAUCAACAAGCUAUCACGCAGUUUUUCAGAACUGUGCCGCCAAGUCAAGAAAAGAUCUCCCCAGUCAAACAUGAAAAAACAAAAGUUGUAAAUAACUCGCUAAAGAGGAAGGCCGAUUCUCCUAUAAAGAUAAAACAAAACAGUAUUGAAAAAAACCAAACACAAUGUGAUAGUUCAUUGAAAAAGCUUAAAAUAGACAAUAAUUACGGUAAUAAUUUUAUACAGAAUAAUAUGAAUUUGAAAAAUGCACAUGUUUCACCUUCAAAGGAAAGUGUUACGAAAAAAUUGUUCAUUGAUAAAGGUAAUAGAUUAUCAAACUCUAAAAGUGAACAGGAUAAACCAUCAUGUGCAAUAAAUCACAGUAAAGAAGAUAAUGUAUCAAAAUUAUCAUGUAGUCCUAUCAAACAGAAUAGUAAUUCAAAUGAAAAAGAGAACUGUUGCAUUGAAAAAUAUGAAAAAGAGUUGGAAAUGGUUGAAUGUGAUAAUGUAACAAUUUCUCCUAAUGGCGUCCAAUAUAAAUCACCUAAGAAAUUCUUAAAAGCAGCUAUAAGUGUAUCACCAAAAUCUAAAACUUUAACAAGUCAUAACUGUGUCAAUCAGUCACCAUCAAAGAAUGGGUCCACAUCGAAUGCAAUUGAAUGUUUUGAAAAUAGUGAUGAGAUGUUUGAUGAUUGGGAAUUUGAAGCUAAAGAGGACAUCAAAGAAGACUUGGAUUUAAGGGUGAUGCAGAGAUGUGAAGUAAUCUCAAUGGAGAGACACAAUCACAAACUUGAGUUGAAACUUAAAAAUGACAAGAACAAUGUUGGUACAUGUUUUGUUGAGGGUAUUUGGUUAAACACACCAUUGGAAGUCGGUGAAACGGUAGGUGUGCUGGCCCAGCGUGACGUCACAGGCUGCUACACGGUGAAUAACUCCGCUGGUCUGCUGGCUCUGAGGCCUGACCACUUGGUGUCCAGCACGAGCGUGGUCGCCGGUGUCUUCUGCAAACGGAAAGCUGUGCUACAGGAACGGUGGCGGGGGAUCGAUUCGGCUAAUAGCGCGAUGACCAUAGGAAUUCUAAUUCACGAGUUAGUACAAAAGGCCCUCACGCAGAACAUGGCAACCACACGCGAAUUGGAUUCAGUAGCCGAUAAAUUAAUACACGAGUCAAUGCAAAUGUUGUACGACGCGGGUAUAUCAGAGACAGAGGCGCGCUCCAAUAUGCAGAUGUAUAUACAACCUCUCGCUGACUUUAUGCAGACAUACGUAGUUUCAUGUGGGAAAACAUCUCAAAGUGUGAAACGAAAUUGGAAUGGAAAAAUUGAUAAAGUAUUGGACAUUGAAGAAAAUCUAUGCUGUCCACAACUGGGUUUAAAAGGAAAGAUUGAUGCUACUUUACAAGUCUCUUUACAUGAAUGUGGAGAUACUAAAACGGCAAUAGUGCCACUAGAGCUGAAGAGUGGUCGCGCGUCGGUGUCGGCCGAGCACCGCGGGCAGCUCGUGCUGUACGGCAUGAUGCUCAGCCUGCAGCAGCAGCAGGACCCCGCCACUGCGCUGCAGCGAGGCUUGCUGCUGUACCUAAAGGAACGCAUAGACGUACGCGAGGUGAGCUGCGGGUACCCCGAGAGACGGGAUCUGAUGAUGUUGCGGAAUGACCUGGUACAACACUUGGCGACGGGACCGCGGAGUAUUAAUGACGAUGAUCUAGUAGAUAUAGAGGACGCGUCGAGACUGCUGCAACAAAGCAUGCCGGAUCCAGUGCAUCAUCACAACGCCUGUUCUAAAUGUCCAUACCUUACGCUCUGCUCCUUGCAUUUGUGGCACACAGACGGACCCACAGUGACAGAGUCGCAUCCGCUGUCUAAACUGCGCGACGAGGCGUUGGGUCAUUUGACCGCGCAACACGUGAAGUACUUCCUGCACUGGACCAGUCUGUUGAGGCUCGAGGAAAAUGGACAGACGGUUAUGUCGCCUUUACACGCCUUGUGGACGGAGAGUACUGACAAACGCGCCAAACGUGGAGUGUGCGUAACAAAUUUAAAAUUGAAAUCUGUUACGAGUUCGGGUGACAGAUUUUUACAUAUUUUUCAGAAAAAUACAGAACAUGAAAUAAGCGAUAAGUCCACAAAGGGCCCGCAAGAAGGCGAGUUCUCUAUAGUGAGCAUAGACAAGCGGCCGUGGGUAGCCGCGGGAGUCGUCGCAGUUUCAAACGCCAGUGAAUUGCAUAUACUUUUGGAGAGGGACCUGAGUCGUCGUCAAAACAAACACACGGUGUAUCACGUGGACACGUACGAGUCUUUCGCGACCACCGUUCAGAACUUGACCAAUUUAGGAGUGCUCAUGGAAGACAGCGACCGCGCCUUGAGGCUUAGAACUUUGAUAAUAGACAAAACACCGCCAGAGUUUGCGCUUAAGUUGCCUCGCGAAGUAGGUCGGCUGGGCUCGAAACUGAUGCGCUCUCUAAACAUUGAGCAGCAGCGCGCAGUGCUCAAAGCUUUGGCCAGCGAACAUUACGUGUUAUUAAAGGGUCUUCCUGGCACUGGUAAAACCCAAACGAUAAGCGUGCUCAUACAAAUGCUAGUGGCGCUAAAACUGCGCGUGCUCGUCACUGCGCACACGCAUUCCGCUGUCGACACUGUGCUAAAUAGGCUACCAAUAUCGCUUAAAAUAAUGCGCCUCGGAACAGCCAGCCGCGUCGCUUCGAGUUUGAUUCCCCGUUGUGAACAUACCCUAACGCGAAAGUGUCACUCCACCGAGGAACUCGCGCAUCUCUACGACUCUAUGGAAGUAGUGGGUGUAACAUGUCUGGGCGCCGCGCACCCGAUGUUGGCUCGCACUACAUUUGAUGUAUGCGUUGUGGACGAGGCUACACAGGUACUGCAGUGCACGGUCUUGAGACCUUUGUUUGCAGCGAAACGUUUCGUAUUAGUGGGAGACCCAGAUCAGCUCCCACCCGUGGUCCGAAGUAAGAAUGCUAGGCGUCUCGGCAUGGAGGAGAGUCUGUUCCACCGCCUGGCACGGAAGGAGGCGACCUGUACGCUGCGGCUGCAGUACCGCAUGAACCAGCCGCUGGCCAACGUGGCCAACACGGUCGCCUACAACGACAGCCUCAAGUGCGCCAAUCAGACUGUCGCGCAGGCGAAACUUGAAAUUGAUAUUCAGAAAAUCAUCUCUAGUGCAAAAGAAUCGCCCUGGCUAAUCGCAGCUUGCAGUCCAGAGUUUGAGAAUGCCGCUGUUUUCCUAAACACAAUACUUUCUGCAAAAUGUGACAAAGAGAAAGUAUUUACUAACAGAGACGAGGCGUGCGUCGUUAUAUAUUUAGUUGAAAAACUAAAACUGGGUGGCGUACUGCCUUCUGAUAUAGGCGUCAUAGCUCCAUAUCGCGACCAAGUGUCGCUAUUACGUCGCGUUCUAUCCGGAAAAGAGGUGGAGGUGAGCACUGUGGACCAGUUCCAGGGGCGAGACAAGAGUGUUAUCAUUUACUCUUGUACCAAGCGUACUGAAAAAGAAGAACGAUUACCGAAGGAUGGGGAAGUCCUCAACGAUCAACGCCGUCUAGCCGUGAGUGUGACGCGCGCCAAACACAAGCUAAUAGUGGUAGGCAACCUCCGCGCUCUGCAGCGGUAUGCUCCGCUGAUGAAACUCGUCGAAUGCUGCAAGACUAUUGCUUUGGAUGAAGAUACUAUGGCUAACUUGAAUAAAAAAUACGAAAGCUUGGUCACUUGAUGUAUUAUCAGCUAUUUUGACCUCUACUUUACUUAUUGACCUCUUAUAAUAAAAGAACGCACAAUCAUGUAGAAAAUUUCACUUAAAAACUGGACAAUUUUGCUUUAUAUUUAUGCAAAUAGUCCAAUAUUCAAUAAAAUCCCAAAUUCAGAGCAAAUUCAACCUUAAGGAUUGAGUUUAAAGUUGAUUUUGCAAAUGCAACUACUUGAAUUGAGUGCCAAGAAGUUGUGUUUGGCACUCAUUGAGUGGGGACGUUUUUUGGUCGCUGAUUGUGCAUUCACUUUUUAAUAGGAGAUAGAUGGGUCUACAACAGGGCCGGGCCUCACUUUGUAUAGGUGAUAUGAAGCUUAGACCCACCAAGCUGCUUUAAUAGGGAUCCGUGAGUUAGUUUGUAAAACUCACAAAAGAAUAAUGUAAAUAGUGGGUUUCUUUGUGACUUGGCAAAUAGGAAUCCUUUAAUUUUAUAAUUAUGCCACCUUACAUUGACUGAAUAUCCAAAAUUAUGUUUGCAGAUUAAGGUUAUAAUAUUAUUUGCCU